CGGAGUGAGAGAAAAAGAAAAAGCAGCAGCUGCAGCAGCAGGUUUCUGGGAGGUGUAAGAAGCAGCGUAUAGCGCAGCGUCCAGAUGCUCCUGUAGGUUUAACAGAAGCUUUCACCACUGACUUUUCUAUUUCUUUCCGCUCUCUAACAACUUCUUCUGCGGGAUUGAAAACAUGGCAGCUGCAGCUUCCACCGAUUCUGAGCAGGGAUCCACCAAAAUAACUCCAGAAGUGCUGCAGGAGAUGCUCCAGCUGUACAACCUGAGCCGCCAGGAGUUCAUCAGCACCUACAACAUCCAGCCGCUCGUCUACAUCCCCGAGCUGCCCUACAGCGCCAAGACCACCUUCGUGAUCAUGUACGUGGUGAUCUUCGUCCUGGCUCUGGCUGGAAAUAGUUUGGUCAUCUACAUAAUUACGAAGAAACGCGCUAUCCAGACGGCCACGGAUAUUUUCAUCUGCUCCCUGGCUGUCAGCGACCUGCUCAUCACUUUCUUCUGCAUCCCCUUCACUCUGCUGCAGAACAUCUCGUCUGAGUGGUUCGGAGGAGUCCUGGUUUGCAAGACAGUUCCCUUUGUGCAAACCACAGCCAUAGUGACAGGAAUCCUCACAAUGACCUGCAUCGCCAUUGAGAGGUACCAAGGCAUUGUAUUCCCGCUGAAAAUGAGGCGGCAGUACUCGUCCCAAAGAGCAUUCAAGAUGCUAGGGAUUGUAUGGAUCGCCUCAGUGAUAGUGGGUUCACCAAUGCUGUUUGUACAGCAGCUAAAGGUGAAGUACGACUUCCUGUAUGAUCACUACCACGUCUGCUGCCAGGAGAGUUGGACAUCUCUCACCCAUCGGCAGGUUUACACCACCUUCAUCAUGGUGGCUCUCUUCCUGCUGCCUCUGGCCGCCAUGCUGUUCCUCUACACGCGCAUCGGCAUCGAGUUGUGGAUCCGCAAGAGGGUUGGCGACACCUCGGUCCUCAACACCAUGAACCACAGGGAGAUCAACAAGAUCUCAAGGAAAAAGAAAAGAGCCGUUAAAAUGAUGAUCACAAUUGUGCUGCUAUUCACAAUUUGCUGGGCUCCGUUCCACACUGUCCACAUGCUGUUUGAGUACUAUGACCUUGAGAAGAAAUACGACGGAGUCACACUCAACAUGAUCAUCGCCAUUGUUCAGGCCAUCGGGUUCUUCAACAGCUUCAACAACCCCAUCGUCUAUGCCUUCAUGAACGAGAACUUCAAGAAGAGCUGCGUCUCCACGCUCUCCCACUGCGUCCGGAAACCCAACCAGCAGGUCGACGUCAUGGUGGCACCCAGGUUGAGCGUGCAGUUCAUCAAACCCCAAAGCAGAGAAGCCUUCAUAAAACCGGACGACGGCAACAGCUUGGAGCUGCCCUCAGCAGAGAAAGGCCCUUCAACUUCAUCGCAGGGAGAGCGCUCGCUGGAAAUGAUAGGCGAAAAAAUCUCCACCAUCCAAACGGAGCUGCCAGCAAAUAGCUCCAGUCAAGUCAAAUGAGGACGAAGUGGAGCAAAGUUCAGGUGUUUCAACUGUUCAACUCGACCCUCCUGUUUGCUGUCGAUCCCUGGCGCUUGGCACAAGUAGCUACGAGCACCUUAGACAUGAUUUCAAGUCUCACAGUUGCAGUUCAGAAGGCUCAAAAGUCCAACAGCAAGACAACAAACUGUAUCUCUGCAGUGGCAGGAGCUAGAAUCUGUGUUUUCAUUCUGGUCAGGAGUACAGCAGGAGGACUGGGAAUGGAUAUUAAAAAGAGGCAGCUUUACUAUAAAAACUGGGAUCAUUCAGGAACAGUGGUUCGGCAGGUGAUUUAUGAUUUUUUGACGGGGGGACAGCCAUAUAAGAGCACUCUCUUGGCCGGUUAACAAGCGGGAAGCAGUUUGGUAAUUUCUCCUUCAAUAUCUACUCAUCAUCCUUUCAAAUCGCCCACUGACCACUCUUGAAAAUUGCAGGACAUCCAGCCUCUCCCAUACCUAUCUUCCACCAAAUUAUUUCUGGUUCUUGAACUGGUUCCAUUCAGGAUUCUUGAAAUCUUGGUGUCAAACAGUGAAUAGGCUCCUGUCUCCACCAGUGAUGGAUCAGUGUAAUUAAGAACACACUCAACAAUGGAGAAGCAUUGCACAUCCUUUUUCUUUCCAACCAGUAGGGUCUGACACUCCCACUGAUGUUGUGGCAUUUAAGGUAAAGGAAUAAAGCUGGGAACCUUCCAGGUUCUGAACCAAUUCUUUUUUGGUUGAAACGCUCCUAGUGGCUAAAACUAGAUGUGCAGAUCAGAACAAAAUGUGUUUCCUGUUGGUGGUGAAGGGCUUUCAGUGAGCAUUUAAUGAUGCAUGAGAGGCAACCAUGCUCAAUGUCAUCCUGAAUGAGCUCAGACUAGAAGUACGGUGUUCUCGUAGAAGGGAAAAUGUUUGGAAAUGUUAAAAUGGCCCUCAUUCAUUCAGCUGCUUACAUGCACGUUUCAAUACCAACCCUCAAAGUUCUUCUCUCCUUUGCCAACAUGUUGUUCAUUUCACACACAAAAGAGAAACCUUGCAGCAACUUGUGUGUCAAUCAGAACAAACAGAGAUGAGAAGCCCAACGGGGAAUACAUAAAGCAGCUCUGUCUAAUAGUUUUUAAUGCAAAAAAAAAAAAAAAAAAUCACCUGAUCUUUUUUUUUUUUAUUGUGCAUAUGAAAUUAUUUUACCACUGAUAGGUUAAAGAAUGUAUGUAGCGUGUGCAAAUCCUGCUCAUUAUGAAAUUCAGUCACAUCUCUACCCCCUAUAGAAUGUACUCAAAUGUAUUCUGUGGGUACAAGUCAUAAAAGUGCAGCAUAAUAGGUUUCACUGGGCUUUGGUUUUCAUGCUUUACAGAAUCCAUAAAUCCUGUCCACAUUAUCCUUUUUUGAAAACUCCCAACUGCUGCCGCUGGUGAACGUACAUUUACACUGAUUAGUCAAAACUAGGGAUGACCAGAUCAUGCUUCUCUCCCCGGUUCCAAUUGGAUUCAUUUAAUAUUUCGUAUCUGCUGAUACCCAGUUGUAAUCAACACUAUUUCCCGAGAAAAUAAGCACUUAAAGUCUAACCCUGGCCAAAACACUGAAAUCAUUUAGCAAAUAUUGUUUAGUCACUUCCUCUUACCUGUAAGGUCAUACAAAUGAACCCUCUGGUGGCGUCCUGUGGUGUCUGGCUUUAGUAAAUUCUUUAGCUCCUGUGGGUUGUGGGGUGGGACGUCUGUGGAUUAGUCAUGUAGAUGCUCGAUCACACUGGGACUACUAGAAUCUGGAGGCCGGGUAAACUCCUUGGAUUCUUUUCAUGUUCCUCAAGCAGUUUUUGUGGUUGCCCUUGCUGAGGGAGGAAAAGCAAAACAAGAUUAUCAAUGUAAUUCACUUAAUCUGUGUAUAUUUUGGCUGAUCAGUGUAAGUGCCAACGGGAAAAGUUCUGUUAGCAAGAUGAGCACCACCAACAAACAAAAGAGAUGACAUUGCAAACUACAACUGUUUUCACAUUAACACAGAUUCUGAAUAUCUUCACAGCGGAAGGAGUUUUGUGAAAGUUCAGGUUGUGUUUGUAUGUGGAUGAAAACGCAUUGAAGUUAACUUUUAAAAAAUAUCUGUGUACGUGUGGACAAAGCCUCGGUUCAGCUUCUAUCAUUGACACAUCCUGGUUUACAACAUGAUUAGAAUUUCAACUACAGCUUUUAUCCUCUGAGCCACUUUAACUCCUCUGCAUUUUGAAGACAAAUUAUCUCUUCUUUUAUGUAAAGUACAGAUGAAAAAAAAACAAGACUGAGAGCAUAAAAGCGUCUUCAACUUAAAUGGGGAACAUCUUGUUUUUCUUUUCUUUUUUCUUUGAAAAUUUGUGUCUCUCAGUGUGGUUAUAAUUUGGGAAAUGGCUGUCCGUAUGAAUACAUAUGUGCAAAAACUAAUCAGUGUUGCAGCAUGUAAACAUUUUUCAGAUCCAAAGAGAUUGUGUUUUAGUCAAAUUUGCAUUCAUAAAAUGUGAAUAUGAAGUCAAUGAAUGCUUUGUUGUGAAAUAAGUGUGAAUGUUGAGUACUUACUGUGAAGGCGAGCUCAGCUUUAAACAUGAGGUUUCUCAUUCAUUCCUAUACAGUGACAAACUCUUCAUAAGCUGCCUAUACUCACUUUGAAAACUGGUCAAGAAUCUUUACUGCCAUCAUGCAAUUAGUUUUCACCAGUUACAUAAUGAAAUUUUGUUGGUAGUACCGGCUUAAAAGUCAACAUUAAAAGACAUGGUCAGUAAAAUAUACAGUGCAUUAAAAAAAUAGUAAAAAUACAUUAAAAGUAAGAAAAUAUACAUGCAACAGACUGAUUUAAGUGCAGCAGUGCAAGGUGCAGUUUCAGUUCCUUCUCAUCUCAAGCGUUUAAAGUGAGUGUGCCUGUGGUUGUACAGCGUUUACAGCUGUGUUCACAUUUAAAGCUGAAGCACAAUCUCACCUCAGCAUGUGUCUGUGAUGUGAUGUAUUUAUUAUAGAGCAUUUUGAGCACAUCAUAUGUGUGAGCUAAGCUGGAUGGAUUUGUUUGUGGGGUCAGAGGGGUGGAAAAUGAAAUGGAUCCUUACAAGAAAUGUUCUGUGCUGCAAGACAGUACUAGUGUUAAUAUACUGUUAUAUGCUUUACAGAGUUUCUAUAAGGUCAGACCUGCCAUCUCUUGAACACUGGCCAAUGAAAGUGAGUUUCUUUGUUCUCUAUUUUUCUAUAAAAGUUGCAAUUUUGUGUUUCUUCUUAGAGAGCUGGAAGAUUCCGAAUAUUUUACCAUAUUCUUAAUUAACCAAGACCUGUAAGAGUUACAGGUAGUUUUUAUGUACUGAACCAUGAAUGUAACUACUCACAAAAAAAUUAAAAAAUCACAUCCUUUUUUAAAAAAUGCAUUAGUGUAGUAAAAUAAAGAAGCUGUUUUACAUGUGACACAGCAUAGACGCGGGAUGAUCACAAACACUGAAGUUUUGUUCGUGAGCUUUUAAGGCGAAAUGUGGGAUCACAUGUCUCCCACAGACAGACAGACAGACAGACAGACAGACAGACAGACAGACAGACAGACAGACAGACAGACAGACAGACAGACGAAACUGAUUUAAGUAUCAAUGUGUUUGCCUAAUAGUCCUGUGUGAUAUUUUUCUAAUGUUCAUGUCUUAAGAUUUAAGUGUUACAUUGGUGUUAUAUUUAAAAUUGCUUACACAUUUUGUAAUGUUUGGCAUUGACAGUGUGGCUUCAAUUCACCGUUCUAUGCAGUUUAAAUAUGCUGCGCUGAAAAUCAAACUGAUUUAAAAUAAUUUUUUCUUUCUUUUUUAUCUUUCUGUCCUUGCCUUUUUCUUCUUGUUAAAUUUAACACUGAAUAAAAACAUCUGUUCAGUUUC